AUGGCGUCGCGGACGCUUGUUAAGGCAGUACAAGAUCUGCCGCAACGUUCUCGCCUGGCCUUGAGGACAAUCGAGGUUACGGAGGCGGGCAGAGCUGGACAGGCCGAGAGGGCCCUCGACCUGUUCGAGGCAAUGCCCGUGAAGAAUCAGGUGGCCUGGAACGCGGCCCUGGCCGCGCUCGUCGACGCAGGCCGCACCAACUGGGCGCUCUCCUUCUUCCGGGAGAUGCCCAGGAGGAACGCCACCUCGUACACCACCAUGAUCGGGGGCCUCUCCCGCGCCGGUGGAGCUGCCGCUGCCGGGGCUCGGGUUCUCUUCGAGGAGCUCCCGCUUGAUCAGCAAAACGUCUUCACCUGGACGGCCAUGAUGUCGUGCCACGAACGGAACGGCGAGCCUGGUAAGGCGGUGGAGCUCUUCGUGGCUCUCUACGGCGAGUUCUUUGCGCGCGGGAUGCUGCCCAACGCGCACACAUUCAGCUCACUGCUCAAGGCCUGUGUGGGUGUCCGGUCGCUGGCCAUGGCGCUGCAGCUCCAUGCUGUCAUCGUCAAGCUGAUGGGCGAGGGGAGUAGACAUUGUUUCGUGUGGAAUGCCUUGAUUGAUGCGCACGCGAAGCUGGGCGCAAUGUCGGAUGCCGAGAAGGUGUUCUAUGGGAUGCAAUACAGGGACAUCUGCUCUUGGAACAUCAUGAUGGAUGGAUAUUCCCGGCAUAAGCUCGUCGACAAGGCUCUUGAUCUCUUCAGGAUGACAAGGAAAAAGGAUGCCUUCACAUGGAACAUCAUAAUAUCCUGCUUGGGGGAGAACCGCCUUGGAGAAGGUGCGCUCCUCCUCUUCAUCGAUCUGGUCAGAUUGGAUGGCCACUGCGGUGGCAAUGCCAAGCUGAACGCGUCAACAUACACGACAGUUCUGCACGUUUGCUCAGUGCUGGUGCUGCUUGCGUUUGGUAGGCAAGUCCAUGCACGCACCAUCAAGGACGGGAUUGGUCAGAGCAACGUCUCCGUCAGCAAUUCUCUGCUCAGCAUGUACAGAAGCUGUGGCGCCAUGCUUGAUCUGGAGCAGGUGUUUGAAGAAAUGACGGUCAGGGACAUCAUAUCAUAUAACUCUGUGAUACAGGGGCUUGGCCAGAACGGUCUUGGGAGGCAAGCGCUGGCGAUUGCGGAGCGUGCACUGGAACUCAAGAUGUACAACAGCAACACCUUCAUCGCCAUCCUGACAUCCUGCAGCCACUCAGGUCUAGUCACUGAGGGGCUGGGAUACUUUGACGGCAUGGCCGAGAAACAUGGGGUGGAACCAACGCUUGACCACUACAUCAGUGUCAUCGAUCUCCUCGGCCGUGCAGGAAGGCUUCAAGAGGCGUACGACCUGCUCCGGAAGAUGCCGUUCGCACCAAAUGCGGUGGCGUGGCGUACUCUUCUGCAUUCUUGUCUAGCCCACAAGAACAGCAUCAUGGGGAGCACUGCGGUACAGGAGCUGAGAGCGCUGCAGCCCGGAGGCGGCAGGGGGAACUAUGAGAGGCUGGUGCAGGGCUGUGGAGGCAGCAGCAUGGCUGGUGAAACACUGAUCGCAAACGAGAAGAGUGCUGAUCACACGCCAGGGUGUACCUGGCUCACCUGA